AUGGCUGAAGGCAGCAACUACGACUACCUUUUUAAGGUCGUUCUCAUUGGAGACUCUGGCGUCGGAAAAUCAAACUUGCUUUCGCGAUUCACUCGCAAUGAAUUCAACCUCGAGUCAAAAUCCACAAUCGGCGUAGAAUUUGCUACGAGGUCAAUCAAUGUCGAUGGAAAGACUGUAAAAGCCCAGAUUUGGGAUACUGCCGGUCAAGAGCGUUAUCGUGCCAUUACAUCUGCUUAUUAUCGAGGCGCAGUCGGCGCUCUUUUGGUGUAUGAUAUUGCCAAACACGCAACAUACGUGAAUGUUACUCGGUGGUUAAAGGAACUACGGGAUCACGCCGACUCCAACAUUGUCAUCAUGUUAGUGGGAAACAAGAGCGAUUUGAAGCACCUGAGAGCAGUACCAACGGAGGAGGCAAAAGCGUUCUCUUCUGAGAAUGGUCUGUCGUUCAUUGAGACAUCAGCGCUGGACGCUUCGAAUGUCGAAUCUGCUUUCCAAACCAUCCUUACUGAUAUCUACAGGAUUGUAUCGAGCAAGUCGCUCGAAUCCUCGACGAAAGAUGUCGUCGAUCCUGGCCCCAGCAUCAGCGUCGGUCCAAGCGUGGACCCCAAUGCAAACCAGGGAAGCAAGUGCUGUUAG